CAACUUUAAUAAUGGAAAAAUCAAGUAUUAAGGAAGAACAGCAGCUAGACCGUAUUCUCAUCAAGAACCUGGUUCUUAAGAACGUUACUGGGGUUGAUUCAUGGCAACGCCUCAAGUCUCAGCCUGUUGUUAUCAGCGUCUGGCUGUACACUGAUAUUACUGCAGCUGGUGAUUCCGAUAUUGUUACCAAUUCAAUCCACUAUGGCCACGUAACAAAAGGGAUAACUAAACUAGCUGAGACUGGUACAUUCAAAUCCCUCGAAGCUUUGGCCCAUGCCGUCGUCCGCCUGUGUUGCGUCCACUUUGGAGCCGUCCGCACCAUGGUCAAGGUUGAACAACCUAAGGCAUUAUUGCAUGCAUCCGCAUCAGGUGUCAUUUUGAGCCGAGCCAAGGUCGAUUUCGAGGGUAUCGAGGGUGAAACCCUAGGUGAUGUAUCUGGUUUGGGCAGAGAAGACGAGGUGUUUGUCAAAGACCUCCGCCUUCAUGCCAUUAUUGGCGUCAACCCCUGGGAGCGCGAAGAGAAGCAAGUCGUUGUGAUCAACCUCACUAUCUAUCCUUCACCUCUGGCCUCUAACAAGUCCGAAGAAAGCAAGUCUCACAACCUGCGAACAAUUGUCCGCGUUUUGACUCGUCACAUUGAAUCUUCUGGCUACAAGACUGUAGAGGCCUUCGCCGUGGUUGUGGCCCGUAUUGCUCUUGAAAAGUGUCAUGUACGCAAAAUUCGUGUGCGUAUUGAGAAGCCCAGUGCCAUCUUGUUUGCUGAUGCAUCUGGAAUUGAAGUAACCCGUGACCAAGUGUGGUUGAACCAUGCUGCUGCCAAGGAGAUCCCCGCUUCUUACGCCCACACCGCUUUUAUUGCCCUUGGAUCCAAUGUCGGUGAUCGUGUCAACAAUAUUUACCAAGCCCUGGACAUGCUCGAAAAUAACUGUAACUCCAUUGUGCUCGACACUAGUUUUCUUUAUGAAACUCCUCCCAUGUACUAUACUGACCAGCCAGCCUUUUUGAAUGGUGCAUGCAAAGUUGUCACCUCUCUCGAACCCCUUGCGCUACUUUCUAAACUUAAAGAAGUAGAGAAUAACUUGGGCAGAACAGCGGGUAUUCGCAACGGCCCUCGUCCUAUUGAUCUUGACAUUCUAUUCUACAACGAUAUUCUCCUUAAUACCGAAAAACUCACCAUCCCCCAUUUGGCCCUACAUGAGCGUGAAUUUGUUUUGUGGCCUCUGUGUGAUAUUGCCAAGGAUAUGGAGCAUCCCAAGCUGUACAAGACAUGUGGCCAGCUCUUGUCCCAGCUUCUCAAGGUCACCGCCGAAAGCGAAGAAGGAAAUUUGAAAAUUGACAAGGAUAAGACUUAUGUCAUGGGUAUCCUCAACACAACCCCCGACAGUUUCUCUGAUGGUGGAAAGUGCGUGGAUGUGGAGAAGGCUGUUGCUGCAGCCGAACGCAUGAAAGAGGAGGGUGCGGACAUUAUCGAUAUUGGUGGAAUGUCAACACGCCCUGGUGCUGACGAUAAUUUCCCAGAAGAAGAAGAGAUUGCUCGCGUGGUCCCUGUCAUUGAGAAGUUGAGAAAGAACGGCUUUACUCUCCCUAUUUCCAUCGAUACAUUUAGAGCAUCAGUUGCUGAAGCUGCUGUCAAGGCUGGUGCAUCUGUGAUUAAUGAUAUCAGUGGUGGCUCUCGCGAUCCGGCAAUGCUAAGUGUGAUGGCAAAGUACAAGGUCCCUGUCUGUUUGAUGCAUAUGCGUGGAGAUGCCAAGACGAUGAUGUCCAAAGAGAACACAACUUAUGAGAAUGAUGAUGUUGUAGAAGAUGUGUCUAUCGAACUCUAUUCUCUUAUUCAGCGCGCGAUUUCUGCUGGUGUCUACCGUUGGAAUAUUAUUGCUGAUCCUGGUGUAGGAUUUGCCAAGACCCCCAAGCAGGACUUUGAGAUUCUGCGCCAUCUUGGUGAGAUUGUUUCUGGACCAGAUUCUCUUUUAGAGGGAUUCCCGUCUCUUAUGGGACCUAGCCGCAAAAAGUUCAUUGGAAGUGCAACGGGUGUUCAGGAGGCAGAAAAGCGUUCUUUUGGUACUGCUGGUGCUGUAGCAGCUAGUGUGGCAGGAGGGGCUAACAUCAUACGUGUACAUGAUGUUCGACCCAUGUGGGAGGUUAUUCAGGUCUGUGAUUCUGUCUGGAAGCGCAGUCAAUGAAAGCAACCAAGUAUAUAUCUCUUUUCUGAUCUUUAUUCAGCCUAUUUGUAAUUGUCUAUUCCUUGAUACAUUGUAUAUAAUUCUCAACAAUUUUUAUGCUUGAACAACUACUUUUUACUAUUAAACGACGUUCAACACUUUUAUUAUUAAUCAAUAGUACUUUAUGUACACAUAGCAAAAAUAAGGCUAUUGACUGUUAACCAUGAAAAUAUGCUUACAAUUAAAAUAUAUUUUUUUGUGUUUGUUAUCAGCAAUACCUCCUUCAAGAAAUUGGCA